UUGAGGCAAAAGAAUGAAACGUCAAAUUGAUCGUCGAAAAGUCAGACGCGCUGAAAAAAAAACAAUAACGUAAACACACACGAAGGAAAGUGCGUCUUGUGGAAUUAUAAUUUAUUAUCGAUCAUUCAAAAUGGGAGGAUGGGCGUUAGAAAUUGGAAAAAUGGCACUCUAUAUGACCUUCCCUGUGGCAAUGUUCCACUGGUUCAAUCAACCGGAAUAUUUCGAGAAAUGGGUAACCGAUACUAGGCGGCAGCUGUAUCCUCCAGAAAACCCGGAGCAUCGAGCCGAGAUAGAAAAAUGUAUCCGUAACGUACGUGAGCGCCAUGACCAGGAGCUCCUGAAAGCAUUGGAAGAGAUGGAGCAGAAAGAUAAAAAAUAAUCGGUGAAGAUACAUUCGGUCAUCGCAAUGUACAUAAUUUGUAUUUGUUUAGUGUAAAAUUGAAGCUUGUAGGAAAAUAUAUAAAAAGCGUCAUAGCAGAACGUUUUAAACGAUAA